AUGCGGUUCCCCCAGUUUGCAUUUAGCAUCUCUGACAAUGGAGGAGACCUAGGACAGAAAGGGAAAACAAAUCCUUGCUACGAUGGGCUGUCUCGUGGAACCUGCCACAAAACCAUAACUCGCUACUACUUCAACCAAGAUCGGCAGUGUGCAGAGUUUAAAUAUACUGGCUGCAAUGGCAAUGAUAACAAUUUUGAAACAUUAGCAUCCUCGGCAGCAGCGGUGGGUCGCAGGACGAAGAGCGCAGCCGACUCACCCGGACUGACUGACCAUGCAGUGCGGCGUCUUCACCUUUGUCUGCAGCUCCUUGCUGCUGUCUCUGCAGAUUGUCGAGGCGACAUUCGUGCCUACAACAUGAGCCCCAACAACUGCAACGUCAACUGGAUGGUGCAGCAGCUGGUGAAGAAUGGCUCACUGGUGCACCUUGUGGAUGAUGUCGGGCCACAAAAUCCCUGCAAAGACGUACUGUUUCACGGACCCUGCUUUGGUCACAUACUACGCUACUACUACAACAAAUUCACUCGUAAAUGUGAAGAAUUUCGAUAUACUGGUUGCGACGGCAACCGCAACAACUUUGAGAGAUUUUCAGACUGCGUUGAUAUUUGCAUAAGACAUAACUAA